GAAGGUGUCAGAGACAAUCACUGGCAGGCAUAAAGACCUCCGACUUCUGAGUCUCACACAGAAAGAAAGCCAAAGAAAGGGAGAAGUGUGAAGAGGGCAAAGCACCGAGCCUCAACGGCCAUCAUGGGGCAGGCUGGCCGAAUGAUUUUGCCUCUGCUUGUGGUGGGCUUUUUAAAGCCCUGUGAAGCUGUAGGAGACAUGAAGGUUUCCUGCAACUCUAAUGUGGAAGGCACCAUCUACAGCUACGGGGCCACGAUACUAGAUGGGAGCAAGUAUGUCUCUUUUAAAGAGUAUGCUGGGAAGACAGUCCUUUUUGUCAACUUGGCAACUUACUGAGGACUCACCAUGCAGUACCUCGAACUGAAUGCACUACAGGAGGAGAUGUCCCAGUAUGGCUUUGCUAUUCUGGGAUUCCCUUCAAACCAGUUUGGGCUGCAGGAACCAGGAAAUAAUGAAGAAAUCUUACAGGGUUUAAAGUAUGUCAGACCAGGAAAAGAUUUUGUUCCAAAUUUUCAGCUUUUUCAAAAGGGAUUGGUGAACGGACAGAAUGAACAGAAAGUGUUUACAUUCUUGAAGAGUGCCUGCCCACCUGCUGGGGACAACUUUGGGGACACCAAAAGGCUCUUCUGGGAGCCCCUAAGGAUUAAUGACAUCAAGUGGAAUUUUGAGAAAUUUCUGGUUGGGCCUGAUGGCAAGCCAGUUAAACGCUGGCACCCCAGAGUGAGUGUUAAUGUGGUAAAGAAAGAAAUUCAGCAGUACCUGCUGUCACAGCAGGGUAUGGCACAGCAGAGAAUGGAUGAAAUUUCUCUAUUUGACUUCAAAAAAUAAGAUGACUUGCUAAAUGAGAAAUUUAACUCCAUUUUGUCAUGACUUGAUUAGGACACGUUUUGCUGGAAGCCACACAUUUGUAACACCAACUCUUUAGCUUUAUUCAAAUCUCAUUUAGUUGCAAGAUAUGAAAAGCAGAAAGGCACAUCAUCAGAAAAGGAAACGACCCCUAAAGACACAGUUAAAAAGAAUGGGUCAUAUGGUUCUUUUCCAAUUAGUUAUACAAUCUUAUCUUACAAAAUAUCACUUAUUCCUUUAUUGCCUUACUGAAUUUUUGCACUCUUUGACAAUUAAAGAAAUGACCCUGCGGCUUCAUUUCCUGUAGCCCAAACUUGAAAAAAUUUACCCUUGCAACAUCAUUUAAGUUUGGUGACAGAAAGUGUCAUCUUCUAUAAAAAAGGGCAGUUCACAAUUUUGAUUAAAGUGAAAAAUUCCACUUUAAAUAUACAAGAGAAACAUGACAUUCUCAGCUCUAUUCUUGUAUAACGCCUUCCAUGCUUUGUGAUAUCACACAUUACUAGUCAAUAUAAAAAUGUGAAGAUCCAAGUAGCUGAUGAUUGACUGGCUGAUCUCUUUAAAUACAAGUCAUUUAAGAUUUUAAAUUAGGCCAUACUAAUCUGUCAAUUUAGGGGAAAAAUUAAACCACUUUCUAAUUAUUUGGGAUUGCCUUCCCAGCAUAUUGCAGGAUUCAAGGAUCCACGCUGGUAUUUUACACAAUCCUUUUUUUCUAGUGCUUUCAGCAAAGCCCGUCUGUAAUGCCCAAUUACAACUGGCAGGUGAAGAUGGGACACAAAGUGCCACCCAGACAAUUGUAAUAACUGGUAGUUUAUUUUAUAAUUACGACUUAAGUUCUUAACCAAGAAGACUGUUAUGAAUGGGACAGAAGAAGUUAUUGAUGACAUGUAAUGAAUUGGCUUCCAGUUAUAAAAUAUUGUACUUUCUGCAGAUUACAAUUAUCACAUUAGCCCAUUAACAAGAAAUAUAAAGCAACAAUUUCUUAUGCAGACUCAUGAUGGCUUAUUCAUGUAAACAUAUUGCCAAAUACAACGCCCUCUGUAAACAGCAUGAAAGGGACAUUAUAGUGACUGCACACAUAGCAAAUUAUCCCUGGACUGAGAGGAAAAAAAAAUACCCAUAGUCAGUAAGAAGUGAAACGUAAAUAUUGAAGUUCAUGUCAAUUUUGUUACUUUUAUUGUAAGACCUGUUGACUGAGUGCUCAGAAGUGAAAGGGUGUAGAUUUAUGAAAGUCAGGUUUGAAAACAGUGAAUCUGUGGAACCUGUCCGGAAUCUCUUGGGAAUAACGGGGGCUCUUUAGUGCAUUCAGGCCUCCGGUGAUUCCAGCAGAGCCAUUCACUCUUUCUCAACUUGUGCAUUCAAACUUCAGUGUCAUUCAGU